AUUAAUACAUGUAUGAUAUAUUUUUUUGUAUUAUAAUUUUUAGCUAAUGUUAUGCAAGAUACGUAGGCAUCAUGGAGCACACUCCUGCACCUUACGGUCCCAGAGCAGUGUACGGAUACGCCAUGUAUAUAGGCUCGAAUAUGGUUUUCCUAUUGUACGCGAUAUGGGCGAUAGUCCCGGACGAAGUGUUGCACGAUUAUUUCGGUCUGACGUACUGGCCGUCAAAGUAUUGGGCAAUUGCGAUUCCCAUAUGGGCUUUGACUGCCCUCGCUACGUUCGCGUUUCUGAUUUAUCCUGCUAUCAAUAUGUCGAUUACUCCGAAUAUCGAUGAUAUAUGCACUAUCACGGAUAAACACGCCCUGCAGAAAACUGAGACUAUUUCAGGAGGAAUUCCAGCUGUCUCUGACAUACCAAUUACAGAUGUUUGCAGGAAAUUAUACUUGAGAAAACAAUAACUUGUAAUUAAUAAUGUAUAGUUACAAUUUACUUUUUUUAUUUAAGA